CUCUCAGAUAAAAUAUUGGCCGGUAUCACUCAUCACUGGCAGUGACUUGCAUUCGGCUCUUUUGACACCAGAAAUACACUGGCCCAAGAAAAAAUAUAAAAAAGGGGGUUUCCAGCAAUGUGCAGUUGGCCAUGAAUACAACGUUUUCACGAAGUGCAUGUCAGUUUUGCAUUAAAAACCUUGGACAGAGACAAAAAGGAACAAGUUCUCACAAAUGGAUACAGAGGCAACAUAAAGAUCCAUACGUGAAGAGAGCAAGAGAGGAAAACUGGCGAUGUAGAAGCGCUUUUAAACUCUUGGAAAUAGAUGACAAGCACAAACUUUUUACUCCAGGGCAGCUGGUAAUAGAUAUCGGGGCAGCUCCGGGGUCCUGGACACAGGUGGCGUGUAGGAGAACGAAUGCUGCAAGCUCAGAUGCAAAAUUACCCAAAGGGAAAGUGAUAAGCAUUGAUUUGUUACCCAUAGUUCGUGUUCCUGGUGCACAAAUCAUAGACUGUACCGACUUUACAUCCUUGGAAUGUCAAGGUAAAAUCAUCGAAUUGUCCGCCGGCAAAAAAGCUGAUGUGAUUCUGAGUGACAUGGCUCCAAAUGCUUCUGGAAUCAAGACAUUUGAUGGAAGGAUUCUUGUGUCGUUGGUGUCAAAAGUGUUAAAGUUUUCGGUGAACCAGUUAGGAGCGAACGGAACGGUACUGGUGAAGCUCUGGCACGGAGCAGGGUGCGAUGAACUCGAGCAGGUGAUGGACAAACUGUUCGACUCGGUAAAACUUGUCAAACCUCAAGCGAGUCGAGAUGACUCCAGAGAAAUUUAUUAUUUAUGUCAAAAGUUUAAAGGGCUUGAAAACAGUGAGGACAAUAAUAAAAUAUGAGAAAGAA